UUGUAUAACUAACUGUAAAUCUGAGUAUCUGAGUUGUUUCCAUCCAUCGAGAGACCCACUUCGAUCCGUCGUCGUAACUGUACAUCGUAAUAUUGGUAUUCAAGCACCAGACCGGGCAACAGUUAAAAAAAAAAAGAAGGAAAAAGUGUGUAUUCAUAUAAGUCGCAAAAUUGUUCCGUGCUAUGUCAAUGGGACGACGCGUUUUCCGUUUCAGGACGAACCGAUUUGUUCUUUAGUUUACCACGAGAACGAACCCAGUGAACACCUCAACCAAAACCAUCAUGAGUAUUAAGAUGUUGAAAACAGCCUUGAUUUUGGCGCUAGUUCUAGCGGUUCUGGUGAACACCGAAGCGAAACGCAAGAGGAAAAGCGCGAGUGAUAAAGCUAUGAUCUUGAGGCAGAAAGAAACGAACGCAGUCGAUUUUAUCAGAUUAGCUGUGAUGAGAUUAAUUUAUGGGAUAGCUACAAGGAUAGGACUUGGUGAGCAAAUUUCCGAAGCUCUGAACGGGGCUUUCGUUCCUCCUGGAGUUGAUGAUGAUUACAGCGAUUACAACGGUUUCGGAGGAUUGUUGGAUAGGGAGGACGAUGAUGACUACGACUACUGAAUCUCACGAACAAGUUGAAAAACGAAGCAUACCAAAGUUACAAAUCAAAGUCUAAUAUUUAUUUAUUUAUUUAUUUUAUCGGUAUUUAUUUAAACGAUUACUUACAUACACUAAAUACAGUUUUUGUACAUACAAAUCUAAUUUACUUAUUUCUAUAUCUUCCGCUAAACACAUACAAAUCAUUGAGGAAGAAACU